CACUUUUCAAAAUAGAUAAAUAGAGGCCUUUCUAUCAUUUGCAGUUCACUAACAUACCACUGGGAGUCUUCCUGCAACUUAUCGUACUUUCUUGCGAAAAAGGUCUUCAGCAGCUUCCCAUCAGCAUUUCUCCGUGUUCAGAUAUCAAAGUAUAACAAAGCACAACAUCAAAGAAGUGGAUCAUGGCUGCUUGUAUCUACUUCCUCUUGAUGCUGAUGGUGUGCCAUUGCUAUGCGCAGACUUGGCCAUCUGGUACCUACGGUCUUCCUAAACCUCUGACUGGGUGUCCAUCUGGCUGGGUUGAUGGGCGUAGAGGGCAUGAUACUGAAGACACAAAUCCAAUCAACAUGUGGAGUGUCCCGAUUAAUCUGGCCGGUUAUCAAGGUAGAAGCAACAUGGAGCAUCAAUUCUGCAUGAAGACUUUUACUUCUGGUAGCUCCAGCUGGCCAGCAGGGGAGUACUGCAUCUACAAAUAUGGGUCUUGUCCAUCAGGAUUCCAGGAAAAAUUCAUUUUAUGGGAUGAUGAAGACACCAAUAACAUGAAUACCAAGAGUGGGACUCUGCCCGAUGGCAUAUACGACAAUAACUCAUUGUACAAGUUCUGCUGCCGAAAUGACGGUGAUACUUGGCAGGCCAUUUCUCUUCCAACAGGAAACAAUUUCUAUCUUUUCGCCAUAAAGGCUGGGUCUACUUGUCAGCGGGUUAUUGGCAUGGAUGUAACAAGUGAGUGGUUCCAUUGGGACAAUGAAGAUUACAUGAAUGCAGACGGUGAAAGUUCCGGUUCCAACACUCCCUAUCCAGGUGUUUCACUUUCGGGAAUAAGGCUGAUUUUCUGCUACUACCAACUUAAAAGUGCCUGGCCAUCUGGUACCUACGGUCUUCCUAAACCUCUGACUGGGUGCCCAGCUGGCUGGGUUGAAGGACGUAGAAGGCAUGAUACUGAGGACACACAUCCACUCAACUUGUGGAGUGACCCUCUUCACUUGGCUGGUUAUCAACAAAGCAGCAGCAUGGAACAUGAAUUCUGCAUGAAGACCUCUACUUCCGGUAGCUCUCGCUGGCCAGCAGGAGACUACUGCAUCUACAAGAAAUGGGCGUGUCCAUCAGGUUUCCAGGAAGGUUACAUUUACUGGGAUGAUGAAGAUAGCAGCAAUAUCAAUACUCAUAGUGGCACUUUGCCCGAUGGGGAAUACACCAAUGACACAAAGUACAAGUUUUGCUGCCGAGAUGACGGUGUUGUCUCACAGGCUAUCAACCUUCCGACCACAGAUAACUUUUAUCUCUUUGCAGUGGGAGAUACUUGUCAGCAGGUGGCUGGUAAGACAGUGGUCUCAGAAUGGUUCUACUGGGAUAACGAGGAUUCUUCUAAUGCUGAUAUCCAGUCUGGUGAACACCCAUAUCUUGGCGUGACUGCUAGCGGUGAAAACAUCAAGCUAACAUUCUGUUACUACAACUAG